GCCACGAUGUGCCCGGGUUCGUCGCCUUCCCAGCUUCAGGCGUCGCCUCCUCUUUGCUCUUCCAGGUUGGAGGAGCAGACCAAGAAGCUGCAGAAGGACAUGAGGAAGAGCACGGACGCUGACUUGGCCAUGUCCAAGUCGGCGGUGAAGAUCUCGUCGGACCUGCUGUCCAACCCGCUGUGCGAGCAGGACGCCGCGUUCCUGGACAUGGUCACCGCCUUCGACACCGCCAUGAAGAGGAUGGAUUCCUUCAACCAGGAGAAGGCGA